UACACACUGACACCGUACCCGGGAAAGACGCUUUUAGCGGUUAAAAGACUACCAGAGGCGAAAAUCUCACUGUCUCGCUCAACGGAAGAACUGUUUGGUAGUGACGCCAACGUUAACGAAGCAACCUCCAUACAUGCACCUUUAUAUCCCGUUAGCAUAAACGCAAUAGAGUUACGUGAUAGGUUACAUUCAUGUGUAUACAAACUUCCUCUACCAAUCGGAUACCGUUUUCUGCACCGUUUCCUGAACCGGCGCACCAAUAAAAAGAGCAUCGUUCGUUAUCAAACCGCGUCAAUCUUCGAAGACGCGAUUACCACCGGAAUUUGAAGAUUUUUAACAUAAAUUGAACUUAAUAAUGGUUUAGAAACCGAAUGAAUUGCAUGUAGAAAUUUUAAACUUCAAGAGGAACGAUUUUGCUGAAUGUACAUCGAAAAGAAAUAUUGAUUCACUUCCUAGCAAUGAUUUCCUAUGUGAACGCUGGGAAAUGUAACAACCGAGAAAGAAAUGCUUUGUCUCAACAUUUUUCUGUUUCGUGCGUUUGUAUUAUAUUUAUUCCUCUUCCAUUUGCUUAAAAAUAUUUUGAAUAACGUAGUACAUAAUAUGAUACUUGGCCGAAAGAGAUCGUUGAUGUCGAGAUUUUUAAAAUGUCUGAGAUAGUAGUGGUAGCGGCAGUGGCAGUUGUUGGACGUUAUUACUCGUUGUCGUUAAUAUGUUUGAAGGCGUGAAUGUUAUAAAAUAAUUUAUAUAUUUAAAACCAAUUUUUAAAAGUUGAUGUUUAGAAGGAACGAAUAAAUAUUGAGAAAUAAUGCAUUUGUGGGAUAGCAAUUUGCAUAGUCACAAUUUAUGACAACAUUCUUCGCGAAUAAUGAAAUUAUAAUACGUUUCUAUGAGGCGAUACGAUACUUAAAAAGAUUAUAAUACUAUAUCGGGAGAAACGACUGUGGACGUUACAAAUAACUUGAUAUAAAAAUGUGUGACCUUAUAGAUUUAACUAGCCCUGACAGAAACGAUCUGUUGGGGAAAAAGCUUGCUUCGCCUUUAAUACCGAUUCCUACCGAUACCGGAGGCAAUAACAGUAAUCUCCGAAAAGAUGGAUCAAGUUCUCUGAUAACAGGGAAACGUGAGAGUUUGGAUAAUAAUCCUUUUGAUAAUGUGUUACAUAAAAUUACAGAAUAUAUCCAGAAGAAGGAUGAUCCUUUUGAAGUGAUCUUAGAAAAAGCACAGAGUGAGGAAUAUAAUGAGGAACCUUCUUCAAAAAGAUAUUCAGAUGAUAAUUCUAAUCGUAAGAAAAAAGUACAUUAUCAAAAAUUAAAGAGGCACAGAACAUUAGAUGAGUUUUUACUUACUAGUGUUCUGAACAAGAAAGAUGCGAUUACCAUUAAGGCAUCUAAUGAAAAUAUUGGGGUAAAUGUGAAGAAGAAUCAUAUAUUGAAUAAUGAUUUAAAAUCCGACGGUGCUGUACCUACCAUUACUAUUGAAAAUAUGGAUUCAUCCAUCUUAAGCCAAUCUGGAAUGAAUGAUACGUUAUUUGAAGGAAACGGAGAACAAGAUAAGAUACAGAUGAAAUCAACUUUAGGAGAUAUGAAAGACAAUGAAAUCCUGUCUGCAACUUUAAAAGUUCCAAAAGUUAGGCGUUCUCUUUCACACGGAGACACAUUAUCGCCAAAAAAGUCAUGUUAUUUAAAUUGUUUCUCGUUGGUAGAACCUCCAAAAGUUGGUUUGAUCAACAGGAGUAAUGUAUCUAAUGAGCAACAAAAUUCAGUGGAUUUUUUAAAUGAAGGAUUUUUGAAGAGUCGUAGUGGAAGUUCUAUAUUUUCAAGUUUAUCAAAUAUUUCGUCCAUACCGAAAUUAAAUUCCGUUUCUUCCACGGUUAGCAUAAAUGGUUCAUCAGCGAUAGUAUCAGAUGAUACCAUGAACAGAUCAUUUUUGGGAAGCUGCUCUUCAGACAAAUCAGAAAGACUGAUGAAGACUCCAGCAUUGAAUGUGUCAACCAGAACUUCAAUAUGUGAUUUAGCAGAGAGACUUAAUAAAAUUAGAAUAAGAGCAUCAGAGAUGUAUACUCCAGAAAAUUUUGUAAAUAAUAAAGAUGAUACAUGUAGUCCACCUAGUAGUAUUAAAGAAUCUGUAUCUCUGCAAGGGAAUACUGAGAAAUCUGAUGUAAAUAACAAGUUAAUAGAUGUUGAUCUAUUUACUUCAGGCAUUAAAUCUAAUAACGAAUGUAGUAGUAGUUCCACUUCGGACACAUCAACGGAUUCUGUAUUUGUUGAAGGAAAUAAAAUUAAUAAAUUAAUACGUAAAGAGGCAAAAUACCUCGCAAGAACUUUUGAAGAAUUUGCUUCAAAAACUAAUUCAGAAUCCAGCGUUGAUGACCUCAUCACCAACAGUCCUUCGUGGAUGCCAGAGUUAGUACCUGCCUUUGAUGAUGAGAUCUCAGUGGACAAUUUAAUCGAGUUGCCCGUAUCACCUGAAGGAAAUAAUGCAAAAUCGGAAGAACCAAAAGUUACAGAGCACAAAGGCAAUGAUUCACUUAAGAAUAAAGAAAACGUAAGAGAUUUAGAAAUGGAACUUGUCGAACCUAUACAUACAGAAAAACAUCUCACAGCAGCAACACUGUUAUUAGAUCUUAAAAAGCUAAUUAAAACAGAAAACAAUAUAGAAGCUAACAAAUUGGUGGAAAAUUUAGAAAAAACUUUAGGUGUUAAUUGUGUUACUAAUACCGAACUAUUGACUGCUUACUUAAGUGUGACGAAUAAUUUAGCAAAGAGUCCAAAAAAAUCGUCCAGCAAUUUGGAGAUAAUAAAAAAUGUAGGAGAAAGUACCAUGGAACAUAGCCAAGAGGAUAACUUAACUGGUAGUUCGAUGGGAAGUAUUAAGGAAUCGGUAUCUUUUGAAUACGUGAACUUCAAUGAUCCAGAUAUGAUUAAAUCUACUGAUAAUCAAAAGAGUUUGAAUGAUGUAAAUAUUGAAUCGAACUCCGAAAUAGAUGUUGGAAUUGAAAAUGUUGAGGAAAUAAAAAAAGCAAAUUCCAAAAUUGUCUCUGAGGAAAAGUCCGCUUUGAAAAUGGAAAAAAAUACUUCAAUAAAUGAAAAAUUGGUAAUUGAACUUCUGGCAAAUAUUGGGAAAUUAAUAUAUGCCCAGACAGAGGAGCAUCCGACCGAGGAUAUUGUCACCAAGUUGAGGAAGGCGUUACAAGCUACUUCUAGGAAUUGUAAUACUGAUAAUGAUAUAGAGAGUAACAAUGCACACAUAGAAAUUCAACAGACUCCAAAGAAACCAAAAUCCAAGUUUGAGAAUAGAUCGAAAUCGUUGGGUACUUUACAAUCAGCUAAUACAUUAAGCUUAAAUUUAGAAUCAAAGGAACAACCAGUUAAUAAAAAUGUUAUUAGAAGAAGCAUAUCUGUGUCACAAACAUUACCAAUGCGAAACAAAUUAAAUUCAUCGAUGUCUACUAGUAAAAGCACUUCUCAAUUGAACCAGGUACCAAAACGUUUUCCUAGUGAUCCUGGUUUUGUCAGUCCGUCAACAAAUAAGACACUCAUCAAACGUAAGAAUGAAUUCCAAACAGAUACACGAGUGAAAGCAGUUGCAGUAUUAGAUAUACAAAAAGAGAAACCUUCCGUAAUAAGUACAGUUAAAAAUAAGUUAAAGAAAAAGAUUGGCACUGAUGUAGUGAAUAAAAAAGGUCCAAUGAAGGCUAUUUUACCUAUCGGAAUUAUGCAACGAAGAGAAUCGUUUAAUAAGAAAACAAUUUCGUCCACCGGAAGUAUAACACCCCCUCAGUCUCAUAAAAUAAUUAGUAGUACACCUAAUUCGGCAAAUAAGGAUUCUAUGGCAAAGAAGUCACGAUCUACAACACCGGUCGCUUCAUCGACUCCAGACGUUCAAGAUGCUAAAAAAAUUCAAUCAAAAGUAGCUACUAGUCCAAAGAAACGUAAUUUCUCUUAUGAAAUUUCACCGGUAACUACACGCGUCAGUGUUAAUAAAGCAAUGAACAAUAGUUCUCGAAGUAAAUUACCAUCUCCGAAAAGAACAACGCCUAAGCAAUCAAAAGAAACUGGUAUUCCAAGAUCAAGGACACCUCCUAUCAGGGACCGACUACAUUCUUCACUUGAAUUUAAUAGAAACGAGCGAAUGCAUGUGUCACCGCAACGUACGAUGUGUAAAACAUCGAAGUUACAGAAGACUUCACCGAUAUCAUUUAAAAAAAUCGAAACUCAACAAAGUCCAUUAAAAGACAGUAACAAAAUCGCGUAUAAAGUGAAACCCAUGAAUUUGAUCUCUAAACUUCGGCGGCACAGUUUCGGCACCAAUGCGAUGGAAAAAGAAAAUAAUUAUAUUUAAUUUAUAAAAGCAAGUUAUUGUAUAAUUAAUGAUGGUUGUGUUAUUAAACGUAUGCAAGGUUUAUUGUAACGUGUAUUUUUCUACAUUUACAUUUUUUGUACUUUUUUUAUUCUGCAAUAAAAUGUUUGAAACAAUAGUA